AUGACGGUGGGUUGUUGCGGUCAUCGGGUUGAAUUCCUGAUGGAGGCCUGGCCCCGCCCCCCUCGGCCGCUUCUUUCGGACAUUGCCGCGCACCCUCCCCCUCGUCCUCCCCCUGCACGCCCCGUUGCAAGAGCACAUGCGUCGGCUCCAAUCCUUCCUUGCCUUCCACCCAAAGUGGUUGCGGACCACGCCGGCCACACGCUCUUUAAUGCGUCGUCUUAA